UAUGCUAGAAUAGAAGACGUUUUGGGGAUCGAACCCAAGACCUCCUUUUUGUAAAUCCACCGCUCAUACCACUGCGCUACGGAGGCCGUCAGGAGGAGGAGUCUUAGAAAAUCGAAUUAACAACUUGACUUGCUCAUCCUCUACUUCACUUUACAGAACUUUAUUGAAUAAAAUGCAUUCUACUUGGACUAAUAAAACUCUAAAAUACAGCAAAUCAUUGGAAAUAAAACGAGACCUACAUGUGAUUGCUACGAUUAUCCCACUAAACACCAUUAUAAAUGUUAUCAAACAUUCAUUUCAGACUGGCGACGUGUUUUACAUUAACAGUUACGGCGACUUAAUUAAGGUAGAUCACUUUUGCAUUGAGUUUGGGGUAAAGGAUCAAAAAACGAGCACUGAGCCAUGGCUCUAUGUUUGUAAUAUCGACUCAUUUGACGACACCGACUCCAGCACUGAACAAGAGAGAACAUACGUUCCGUGGCUCAUGUUAUUAUCAAGUAUAUUCCUGGCUAUAGUUCUUCUUGUGUAUUCUCUACUGCCUGAGCUGCGAAAUCUGGCAGGGAAGAUACUAAUGGCCUACGUCGGUAGUUUGAUGAUAGCUUUCAUUUUAAUGUAUUCGCUGCUUGGUGAAACUCCAAAUUCAGAUGAUUGCAUCAAAAUCACGGCGUCUGUGUACUUCUUUUUAGUGUCGUCAUUUUGCUGGAUGAAUAUUAUGUCUAUCGACAUUUGGUGGACUUUUCGAGGGUACGCCAAAGCAAGACCUAUCCAUAGAAGAGGGGAAAACUUUAAAUUUUUCGUAUAUUGCUUAUACGGAUGGGUGCUGCCGGCUCUAAUGACUGCCGGACUUGUUGUUGUCAACAACAACAGAAGAGACCUGGCUGAGUGGAUCGUUACACCUGAAAUACCCGAGUGUGGCUGCUUUCUUCAAGAACGAAAAAAGCUCUUGUACCUGUAUACACCAAUGACGAUUCUAAUUCUGAGCAACUGGGUCUUCUUCUUGAUGACGGCGUACAACAUAAGGCGGUUGAUGCGCGGGACUGCUGUGCUGAACUCCGCCGCCGCUGGCAACCCCGCCGCUCACCAGCAGCAGAGGAACAGGACUGCUGUGCUGAACUCCGCCGCCGCUGGCAACCCCGCCGCUCACCAGCAGCAGAGGAACAGGCGGUUGAUGCGCGGGACUGCUGUGCUGAACUCCGCCGCCGCUGGCAACCCCGCCGCUCACCAGCAGCAGAGGAACAGGUGA